AUGCAACUCGGUAGAUAUUCCGUAUCUACCCUCCGACCACCUCCAAUUCAUUCAAUCACUUUCUCGGGAGAUGGACGCUUCUUCGCGAUAGCUGGAGAAGAGGGAUAUGAAGUUUGGAAAUCUUGGCCUUUGACUUUGGUCAAAAGGAGAGUAUUGCCUGGUACUUUAACCUUGGCAUCACUCCUCCCUCGAUCCCCUUUAUUGGUCUUACAAGGCGGAGGAAACAACCCCCUCUACCCACCUAAUAAAGCCGUUGUUUACAAUGAUAAGCUUGGGCUGGCUGUUGCAGAAGUUGAAUUCGGGGAGAGGAUAAGAGGUAUAAAAGCGAGAAAUGGAUUGAUAUGUGUUGCACUAUCACGUAAAGUGAUAGCAUUUGAAUAUGGUUUACGUACCUCGGAGCCAACUCAAGGUAGAAAAGGGAAGAGUAAAGAGGUAGAAGAAGGGUUUUGGUUAAGGAAAUUUGGGGAAUGGGAGACUGCCGAAAAUGAAUUGGGUCUUAUGGCACUCUCAUCAUCUGCCGGCUCAUCUCUACUUGCCUUACCAGGUCGUCAACCAGGACAUGUCCAAUUGAUCUCCCUUCCUCCUUGUCCGCCCAUACCCGCUUCGUCGAACCCUUCAUCCACAGCAUUCAGAUCACCUAUAAUACUCGCUCAUACACACCCUCUAUCGACGUUAUCAUGUACACCGAACGGAUCACAUAUCAUCACUACCUCCGAGAGAGGCACUCUGUUGCGUAUAUGGGAUACGACGAAGGGUCGCCUGGAAAGGGAGUUGAGGAGAGGAGUGGAUAGGGCUGAAAUGUGGGGAUGUGAAUUUGAUAAUGACGGAAAAGGACGGGUGGUAGCGUGGAGCGAUAAGGGGACGGUACAUGUUUGGAAGAAUGAGGAUGGUAGUAGAUCAAAGAUGGAGGGGACAAGAUCAUCUACACCGACGCCCUCUUCAACACCCUCCCUCACUCACAUACUAUCCCGGAAUCUUCCUUUACCCAAAUACUUUUCCUCGUCCCCAUCCAUCGCACAAUACCACUUACCUCGCAAGAACCCUCAUGCCAUCAGUUCAGCACUAGGUAAAGCAGGUGUGAAUGUACCCUCGAUAUCGAUCAAUAAGGAGGAUAUCGAUAAUGAAGAAUCAGAAUUGUUCGUAGUAGCCUGGAUAGAUGUUGAAAUCACGUCCGAAGAUCAAACAUCGCAACAACAACCCAAGGUAGUGGAAAGAAGAAGCUCUGCUAUUUAUGAUCCACCAGGGAGCAUCCCGAUGAUGGGAGGGAGGGAAGAGAGAAGGUCUUUUGGUAGUGGAAGUGAUAAUACCUCGAGAACUGUUACUCCCGCUCCUGGGACUGCAUCUACCCAUGGAAGAAGAAAUUCCUAUACGAGAAACGUGUCAAGUAAUUUCGUGAAUAAAUCGCUGAUUCAGGAUCAACCUUCUUCCAUUCCGAGUAAACAGAAAGUUACCACCUUAUCGUCAAGACAUACAUCUUUGCCUCCCUUAAUACCUAAAGUCGAAAAGCAGUUGAUCGUUAUCACCUAUUCUGGCGAUUGGUAUAGAUUACGUAUACCGGACGAUGCUUCGCUAUCCACUGGGACAAGCGGUGGAGAAGGAGAAGGGGAGGAGGCGAAGAAGGGAGACAGUAAGUGCGAGUUAGUGGAGUAUAGGAGAUUAGGUGUGGGUGGGGGAGGGUGGUGA